AUGAACUCAUCGUUGAGUGAAUUGUCGACCCAUUUGUUGCAAACCCUGUCAGCGGAUCCGUUGGUCAGACGUAACGCCGAAAAGGGGUUGCAAUCGAUUGAAGGGUCGGACGGUUUCGGCACUCUUUUGCUGACAUUGAUUGACACGAAUGGCGCCGACCUUACGGUCCGGAUGAGCGCCGCCAUCGCCUUCAAGAAUCUGGUCAAAAGACAUUGGCCUCAGAGCGAGGAUGUGGUCAAUAAGAUCAGUGACAACGACAGGAACCAAAUCAAGACAGUGAUCAUCGAUCUGAUGCUCAGGAGUCCCGAACAGAUCCAAAGACAGUUAAGCGAUUCCGUCAGUAUUAUUGGUCGCGAAGACUUCCCCGCGAAGUGGCCCAACCUUUUGGACGACAUGAUUGGCCGGAUGUCCGCCUCUGAGCCCAACUUCAAUGUAAUCAAUGGUGUCUUACAGACGGCUCACUCUCUCUUCAAGAGAUAUCGACACGAAUUUCAAUCAAACGAAUUGUGGACUGAAAUCAAGUAUGUGUUGACCCGAUUCGCGCAGCCAUUCACCGAUCUCUUCGUGUGGACCAAUCAGUUGGUUGUCAGUCACGCCAAUCAACCGCAAAGUCUUAAGAUUAUCUUUAGUUCACUCAUACUUUGCGCCAAAAUAUUCAAUAGUCUUAACACUCAAGACUUGCCUGAAUUUUUUGAGGACAAUAUGUCGGUUUGGAUGAAACACUUCCUCGACUUGUUGUCCGCCGAUUACAAGUGUCUGCAAACGGACAGCGAAGAAGAGGCCGGACUUAUAGAGCAGUUGAAGUCUCAGAUUUGCGAUAACAUAGCGAUGUAUGCGUCCAAAUAUAACGAGGAAUUCGCCCCAUAUUUGCCCGGAUUUGUUCAGUCGGUGUGGACUUUACUGAUCACAACUGGCGCUGAACCCAAAUAUGACAUAUUAGUGAGUAAUGCCAUCCACUUCUUGUCGUCGGUGGCCGACAGAAGUCAAUACCAGCAUCUCUUCAAAGCGGACAACGUUUUGGAUUCAAUCAGUUCUAAGAUUAUUGUCCCAAAUAUGGAGUUUCGAGUCUCAGACGAGGAGUUGUUUGAAGACAAUCCCGAAGAGUAUAUACGCCGUGAUAUCGAGGGCUCAGACGUAGACACCCGCCGGCGGGCGGCCUGUGAUCUCGUAAAGGCUUUGUCGCGAUUUUUUGAGAAAGAAAUGACUCAAGUGUUCAGUCAAUACAUUCAACUAAUGCUUCAGAAAUACAACGAGAAUCCGGUCGUGAACUGGAAGAACAAGGAUUCGGCCAUUUAUUUGGUCACUUCGCUGGCCGUCAAGUCUGGAACCGCUCGCUUGGGAACUACUUCUACAUCAGAGUUGGUGAACAUAACCGACUUCUUCGUGAAUGUCAUUCGACCAGAUCUCGAGAGGAACACUAAUUUGACAGAAAUUCCUGUCCUUAGAGCCGAUGCUCUCAAAUAUAUAAUGACUUUUCGAAAUCAAUUACCUCUAAAAGAAGUGUUGAUUCCGAGUUUGGCGCUAAUAGUGCAGCACAUGUCGGCCCCGAGUGUUGUCGUGCAUACCUAUGCCGCCCACACUCUGGAAAAGUUGCUCACAAUAAGAGAUUCGUCUCAACAGAAGUUGCCGUCAAUAAAAGCUCAAGACUUGCAGCCAUUGAUGGAACCAUUGCUUAAUGGAUUGUUUGGCAUCUUCUCAAUGCCCGGAUCUAAUGAGAAUGAAUACGCUAUGAAAGCCAUUAUGAGGUCAUUUAGUUUACUACAGGAGCAGACUUUGCCAUAUUUUCCUCAACUCUUACCAAAAUUAACCCAAAAAUUAUCUGAAGUGACGAAAAAUCCGACGAAACCUCACUUUAAUCACUAUCUCUUCGAGACAUUAAGUCUUUCCAUUCGUAUCGCGUGUCGAAAAGAGCGUUCGUUUGUCGCAAACUUUGAAUCCGUUUUGUUUCCAAUAUUUCAAGAGAUUCUCAUACAAGACGUUCAAGAAUUUAUGCCAUAUGUCUUCCAAAUACUAUCAUUGCUUCUGGAGGUCUACGAAAACACCAUUUCUGAUCCUUAUAUGGAGUUAUUUCCGCACCUUUUAGUGCCAGUCCUAUGGGACAGACCGGCAAAUAUCGCGCCUUUGGUUCGCUUACUUCAGGCAUACAUAGAGAAAGCCUCGCAACAGAUCAUUGAUUCCCAAAAAUUGCAGCCAUUAUUAGGAGUGUUUCAGAAAUUAAUCGCUUCGAAGGCUAACGACAAUCAGGGCUUUUAUAUAUUGCAGUCUCUCAUUCAAUUCGCUGCUCCCGAAAGUUUGGCCCAAUAUAUGAAACAAGUGUUCGUCAUAUUAUUCCAACGCCUCACCAGUUCUAAGACCACGAAAUACAUCAAAUGUCUUCUCGUCUUCUUCUCGCUCUUCGCCUACAAAUAUGGCGUCCAAUCGCUGUCCGACACAAUCGAUUCGCUGCAACAGAGAAUGUUUGGAAUGGUUUUGGAGAAACUCUUCAUUCCUGAGGUCCAGAAAGUGUCGGGAAAUGUGGAGAAGAAGAUCAUUGCGUUCGGAAUGACGAAGAUUUUGUGCGAACUCGACUCGACAAUCGUCGGCCAAUACUCGCAAUUCUGGGCUCCGGUAUUGCAGUCAUUGGUGGCGCUCUUCGAACUGCCCGUCGAUGAGACCAUUCCAGACGACGAGCACUUCAUCGAAAUCGAAGACACACUCGAAUAUCAGGCCUCGUAUUCGCAACUCGUAUUCGCUGGACAUCGAGAUCGCGACCCAUUGGCGGGUGUGGUCUCUGAUCCGAGAAUAUAUUUGGCGCAGUGUUUGGGCAAACUGUCGGCCAAACAUCCGGGAAAACUCAAUCCUCUCAUUACUACUGGUUUGCCUCCAAAUGCCGUCUCAUUCUUACAGCGCUAUUGUAUGGACGCAAACGUUACCAUCACUUAA